AUGGACUAAAUAUCAGAGGAAGCUAUCAAAGCUAUGCCAAAGAAACCCUAGAAUGCUUACAUGCUAUUCAGGGCAGAUACUUAUGAUGACCUUAGGAAAAAGAACCAAGAUAAAAGUAUGACUGAAUUGACUUCAAUGAUAUCAUCUUUAUGGGGAGAAAUGGAUGAGAAGAAGAAGGAUGUAUUUAUUAAUUAAGAACCUUUUUAUUAGAAAUACAACAAGGAUUAUGACAAGGCUAUGGAUUAGUAUAAGACUGAUUAUGCUGGAUGGUUGAAGAAGUUCAAGUUGGAUGAUGAUAAAGUAAAGAAGUUCUUUAAGGACAACAAACAAGCUAAAAAGAAGAAUAAGAAGGGUUCCAAGAAAGUUAACAAGACUUCGAAACAAGAAGAUGAAAGUGAUGAAGAAGAUGAACAAAAAAUUUAGUCAUUAAAAAAUAAGAACUAAAAGAAAUAAUAGGAAUAGAAUGUUUAGAAUUUGUCAAAGAAUACUAAGGAAUAAUAGAAAUAGAAGCCAGUUCCUUAAUAGAAGGAAAAGGAGAAAAAAGACAACAAGAAAAAAUGA